AUGUUGCCUUCACUACGUUUAAUCGUUCUCUUUAUUCCGCUUUUUUUCAUUCAUUAUUUCCUAUGUUUUUCAAAUGAAGAAAUUCUACCAUUUAACUUUACAGAUGUAAGUUCCAAAGGUAACGAGAUAUUUCAAACAGACAAAGUUAACAUCACUGACAAAGAGGAAACCAAAAAUGAAAAUUCUGAUAUUAUUUAUGAAACCUCAGUUUAUUUUCCAUCAAUAAAACUAAUCAAUGACCAAUCAUUUAAGAUCGUUAAACUAAGUAACAACAUAGAAGUGAUUUUAAAUUCAGUUCCAAAAAUGGAUGAAUGCGAAAUUUCAAUUUUAAACAGAGUAGGUUCUGUGCAUGAACCACUUGAUUUACAUGGGCUAGGAUUUUAUUUGAUGAAUAUAAUGGUUUCUACUUCUAAAAACAAUCCAAGCUCUGGACUUUAUGACUUUUCUAUGGAUAAUUCGAUUUCACUUAAUUAUCAACCCUACUCAACAUAUUCAAUAUUUGACAUUAUAACAACCACAAAAUUGUUUGAGAACACAUUAAAACACGUUUCUGAAAUGUUUAAAACCCCUAUUUUUUCUGAAGAAGUUAUGGAAAAGGCUUUUAAUCUAUUGGAAAAGAAAAAUUCUGAAAAUAAUCAUCUAGUUAAUAGCCAUUUGAGUAAUUUGGUUCUUUCAGAUCCAAAGAGUAUUUUUAGCAGAAAUAAGUAUGGAAAUAGAAACACCUUAAAGACUGUUCCACAAUCAAAAGAUAUUAACGUGAAACAAAGCUUGAUCAAAUUUUUUAACGAGCAAUACAGCUCCAACAAGUUAAUAUUAAGCGUAAAAAGUGCACUUUCAAUAGAAACUAUGCAAAACUUAGUUAAGAAGUACUUUAUUGAUAUCCCAAAUAAAAAAUUACCAAUAAAUGAUCAACACAAACCAUUUCAAAAUUUUUCCAUAAACCCAUUUUCCUAUUCUGUUGGAAAGAUAUUGUUUAGUAUUGAUGAUAAUAGCCAAACUUUGGAGCUGAUAUUUCCACUGAAAAAUUAUUUGUUGCCAUAUAUGAAAUCUGAUCCCUUAUUUUUCAUAAAAGUAUAUAUUUGUGAAAAUAGAGAUGGAUCUUUAAUGAGAUAUUUAAAUCAAAAAAAAUACAUUUCAAAUAUGGUUUGUAUCGUUAAAAAUAGUUUGUUUGGUUUUACAAAUGUUCAUUUCGUUUUUUACUUAAACAAUAGUGGUGCAUUCAAUAUUAACAACAUUAUUAGAGCUUUCUUUUUUGCAAUAAAUAAAACUAAAGAAUUGAAAUUGGAUUUAAAUUUUUACAAAAAAACUAAACAAGAGCAUAUAGAAGGAAUUCAAGCCUCGGCUAAAUAUUUUUACAGUUUGAAAUCCUACAUAUUAUUAGACAAUUAUUUCAAAUAUAAAACCUCUACAUUUAAAUCUUUAUUAUUAGGAGUGAAUGAGUUUUCAGAUUUUGAUAAUAAUCUUCAUAGACAGGUUUUAAUGGAUAUUAAACCAGAGAAUUUGAUUAUUGUACUCAAUUCUGAUUCUGGAAAAGCAAGUAUUGAAUAUAGUGGGGGACUUAAUUUAUUUGAACAAAGUAUUACUGAACAAAAUUGCUCUAAAUACGAACAAUUUUUAAAAGAACAGAAAUCAUUUACAUAUAUUGCGUUAACAAACAUUCUCCCCAAAAACUUUAAAUCAAUUGUAAAAACAAAUGAUAAAUUUAGAUACAUUUUACAAGAACAAAAUUAUUGUUUGAAAAAAUAUUUCUCAAAUUUCCCAGAAUCACUAUCUCAAGAAUUAAAAAUUUACUAUAAAGAGAGUGAAAAGCCAGUUUCAAGAGUUAGUAUGGAUUCAUACAGUAAAGUUAAGCAAUUUGUUGUUCCAAGGAAAUUAAGUCAGUUACUUUCACCGAAUUCCUCAAACAGAGCUGGUAAUUUUUCGCAAUUUAAAGAUUUUUAUUACUACAUUCCACAUGAAUCACCAACUCGCAAGAUUUAUUUAGCUAUAAAUUUUUUCUUUCCUUUUGAAAAUGAGAAACUAAAUGUUUUGAGGUCUGCUCGUAUUGCUGCAAUAAUACUCUUUUUUAAUGAAAUCCUAAUUUCUUUUUCUGAAGCAAUUACAUCAAAAUUUGCAAAAUACAGUGUUGAAUUUAUUCCAAGUGUUUCAUUACCCAAAGAUUCAAUAAUUAAUGUAUUUGGCGUUUCAUUAAUAAUUGCAGGCUUCCCAAACGUUUUUUCUAAAUUAUUAUCAACUUUAUCAACAGAUUUAAAUGCGUAUAUUGAUUUAAAUCAAAACUUAUUCAAGGAUUUUCAUGAAUAUUUUAAGAAACAUUUAGCAAGUAUAAUCGUUUCAAGGCAACACAACACAAUACUAUCUGAUUUUUUAAAUCAGAUAAAUACAAAUCACAAAAUAUUAACAGAUUCAAUAUUAAACGAAGCAAAAACUUUAACAAUAGAAGAGGUUAGAACAGUAGUGAAUGCAAUUUUUAAACAAAGUCAAGUUUCCGGAGUUAUUUAUGGGAAUUUAACUCCUUUUGAUGCAGAAAAAUACUUAAGCCAGCUAUUUUCAGAAUUCAUUGGAGAAGCUCCAAAAAUUAAAACUUCCAGAUUUAAGACGAGGAAAAAAAUAAUUAUGUCUUCAAGAACAAAAUAUUCACGUAUUUUUACCAAAAUAGGCUCAAGACGAUCUAAAAACAGAAGGAUUACUUUAACUAAAAAAUUAGGAAAUUCACCAUUUACUAAACUAAAUUUAACCAAGAAGUUAAAUAAAACAAGCCGGAUGACUGAAAAAAAUAUUUCUUCUAGAUCAGAACUUUAUAAGGUUUACUCUUCGAAAUUUUCUAGGUCAAAUUCAGAGAUGUUUAAAGAUCUACAAAUAUUAGAUAUGUCAUCCAUUAAGCCCAAUUCAAAGUUUUUUUUCCAGGCAUAUUCAGAUAAUAUAGCUAAGAAUGUUUCCAUUUUAUGGAUAUAUAUAGAUAAAGCUAGCCCAGAAUCAUUUUUAUUCAGCGAAUAUCUUAAAUAUAUUAUUGACAAUAGACUUUCUGCUGAUCAAAAACAUCAUAAUGGUUUAGUUACUCAUAUUAAAGAUUACGUGAUCUCAUCAACCUCAUAUUUUAUUUCAAUAGAGGGUCGCUCUAGUAGUGAAGAUUUUUUUUUAAUGAACGAUUUGCUAUCAAGUUAUGUUGAUCAAUUCUUUUCAUCUAACUCAUUAAUUUUCAAUGAAGAACUUUUCAAAUCAGCAAAAGAAUUUUUGUCAAGAAAAUACAAGAAAGAAGGAGUUAAUAUUGACUUAUCACUUAACAAUUUAUUUGGCGAAAUCAAGAACCAAAGGUUUGACUUUGUUAGAUUUAGGUCAAUUGCAAACCUACUAGACGAGCUAACUUUUGAACAGUUUACUUUAAAUCUCAAAAAAAUACACAAAUCAACUUUUUCUAUCAUAUUUUCAAUAUUUAAUACAAAAUCUCAAUCUAUUGUUCCAAAUGGAUAUACUUAUUUAUCAAAUUUAAGUGAUAUUUUUAAAUUUCCAGGGAUUAAAACAUUUAAACCAGCUUACUCUAGAGUUGACAAACAGUUAUCAAAACUUCCUGAACAAAAGGACUGUUUUUAUUAA